CAUUCACUUCCCCAUUUGCUUCCAACGAUUCCAGGAUGAUGUCAUCCCACCUGCUCUCGACAAACUUGUGGCUGGGGCUGCAGCAACAUUGUUGUUUUCGCUUCACGGAGGUUCUGUUUCCUUGCAUAGAUAGAUACACUUGGAACGAUGUCUGUGCUGCGCGCAGCUCGCGAUACGAUGCCUGCUUAAGCUUGCGGGGGUGGGGGCCGAGUUGGAGUGGUAGUUCGGGAGAGUGAGUGUUGUUGGCAUGCAGGUGUUGUGAAUUGAGGAAUUGGAUACUGCAUGAGUGCAGCCAUGGCCGGUGUGCGUCUCGGCACGGCUCUACAGGUGGAAGCUCAUGUUUUACCGUCUGGGUCUUGUGCUUCCUGUGAGUUGCAUCAAGGCUCUGAAUCCAAGCUUAGAGUGUCGUCGCAGUUUUCAGCAGCGCCCAUCUCGGUGCAGAGCUCGUCUUCAUGGGGGAUGUCUCAAAAAUCCUCUUCCUGCCUGAGCUACGCAUCGUCGGAAUUCUGGGGCGCAGAUAAUGUGCAGCUAUCCUCACAAACAGGGAAUUCUACGAGCUGUUCUGACAUGGCCGGGGAAAAUAGAAGGAGGGCGAGCUCCAUUCGUGUCAUGUCUGUUGUAGAAAAGAAGGGUACUCCUGGUCGAUUCUACUUCAACGUCACUGGCUUCCCCUUCCCCUUGGGCCCCUUCCUGCAGAGACGCACCAUCAGGAAAGAGGUAGAGAAAGGCAGAAUAUGGACGUUUGAGCAGGAGCAGGCAUUGGGCUUCAGCAGUGUGGCUACCAAUACUCGCAUGACGGUAAUCAUGCUGAAAUCUGGAGGGUUGUGGGUUCACGCUCCGAUUGCACCCACGGAAGAAUGCAUCCAGCUUCUGAAAGAGUUGGAAGCGCCAGUGGAGUACAUUGUCCUGCCGACUUUCGCGUAUGAGCACAAGAUAUUCGUCGGACCUUUCUCGCGCAAAUUUCCUAAAGCUCAGGUCUGGGUGGCACCCCGACAAUGGAGCUGGCCUAUCAACCUCCCAGUGCAGCUCUUUGGCAUUUUUAAGCCCAAGACCCUACGUGAUGACGACUUCUCUGCUCCAUGGGCCGACGAAAUCGAUCAGAAAGUCCUCAGUUGCCCAGUCGGUAUUGGUCCAUAUGUGGAGGUGGCAUUUUUCCACAAAAAGUCCAAAACAUUGCUGGUGACAGAUGCGGUCAUUUAUGUUCCAGAAAAACCCCCGGAAGUGGUUGGUAAGCAAUCGCUUCUGGAUGCUGCAAAAAAUGGGCUGGCAGUGAGAAUCUUGAGUGCUGGCAAGGAAAUUCCCGACGAUCCAAUUGUUGAUGAUGAAGCCACCAGACAAAGAGGUUGGGAAAGAAUGGUAUUGCAGAUUUUGUUCCUCGGUCCGGCGGACUUGCUAGAGCCGCAGCAGAGCUUUGCAACCAUGUCGAAGAAGCUCAUCGUCUCUCCUAUAGUUAAAACACUUGUAUUUAGCAAAGAACCUGAGCGGGUCAAGGACUGGGUAAACCGUAUUAUAAAAGACUGGAAAUUCAAGUCCAUCAUUCCUUGCCAUUUCUCAGCUCCAAUACCUGCAGAUGGACGUGACUUGAGGAUUGCCUUCAACUUCCUUGAUGAACUUUUACCAGAGGUGGAGAACAAGUCACCCGCGUUUGGCUUUUCUCUCGCCACAAUUUUCAGCAAAGCAUCAUCUUUUUUCCCUGACGCUGACAUGAAAACCCUCUUUUCUCUUGACGAGUUUUUAGUUUCUGUUGGAGCAGUUCGAAAAACCGUGUCAGGAAAGGCUAGGCGAUAGAAACAGACGCUGUCACAUUCAGGCCCACAGUUCACGGAUUUAUUUGUAUUCCAGUAUUGUUUCUUUUUCUUUUUUCUUAUCCUCUCUCCUCUGUGAAGGGGGAGCGAAGUGACCUUGUUUAGUAGAUACACUGAUUGCCCAUACUUAUUCCCUCUUCAGAAAUGGCUUUGAAUUUUUGCUGCAACGAGGUCUGGAUUCAAGGAUGCAACUAGCACACCAUUCGCAAAAGCAAAACGAAGUCUAAAACUGUAUCAAGUUUGAAUAUCUCGGUACACUUUCGAGUGUUAAAUCAUGAAAUUUAUGAGAGGUAGUGUCCAAAAUGGUAGUACAGAGAAUGUAAUGAGGCCGGGUCUUGCCAACUCAAAAACGAAAGGCCACUCUAAAUAGUGCAGAAAGGUUUUAGAGCACAGGAGAAAGUUGAAUUCAAUGGUUGUACACUUCAAAAAAGUUGCAUGAAUGAAUGAAUUUUACUA